AUUUAAAUUUUAUCGAAAGUGUGAUCGAUGUUUCUUCAUCAUCAGCGUGUGUUUGGAAUUUCACAUUGUGAGACAAAUUUAUCAAACGAGAUUGUUACAAUUAUAAUUCUGAACUCACUUGAAUACCAAUGGAUCACCGUUUCAGCUUAAGUAUUAAUUCCGCACGACUAUCAAAUCCAAUUGCUGAUUCCACAUGGAUAGAUGGACAGUCAACCUUGAGUCGGCCAACAAUAUGCCAGCUAAGUCCGAAACAUCGCAGCAAUUCGAGCGUUUGUCUCAAUGGAAGUUAUGCAAAUGAGGCUCCACAAAAUAAUACCCUGCAUCAAACAUCAACGAAUAUCUCCAGAGGGACGCGUCAAAGGUUAAAUCUUAGCCAAGUUGAUCCAAAAACCUAUGCAGACGUGCACAGCAGCGGUUUGGCCUCCCGCAUUGUGAAAUACCAUAUGGAGAGUCGAGGAGGUCUGCAACGAAGCAUGUCCUUUAACCAUAUACAUCAGCCAAUUAUACAGCCUCGACGCAGCAGCAUCGCUACAUCGCCUCUCAGCCAUAAGCCCAGUCUGCCGUCAUUAUCAAUGACACGAAUAGCUCCACCAGAGCGCAGUUUUUAUUGCGGCAACACUCUGCCCAGUUUAUUGCGUUCGAAUUCGUUGUUGGGAAUCGAGAAGUGCAGUGAUCCGCUUUCACGCGAAAAUCGUCCCAUUCUGCAUCCGCAGCCGUUGGAACACGAAAACGAACCCACACGCAGCGUCCUGGAGGAGUUAAAGGAGAUAUCGCGUAAGCGUAUUAAUAGUGACGAUAUUCAACAAAAUGAGUACAACACCAAAAAGAGUUGUAAUCGCGUUGUAGACUUUGUCGAUCAUCAUAAUAUGCAUUCACAUCCUUAUCCACAUUCACAACCGUUGUCGGCGCUGCAAACGCCAACUGGAGUUAAACGACAUCGUGAAUUGAGUGUCGCGGUGCCUUUGCGUAUGCAUCAUUCACCAAUAGUUCUCCCACUGCAGCACCACCAUCUGCAGCAGCAGCAACAGCAACAUCUGCAAAACCACCAACUACAGCAGCAGCAACAGCAAAAUCAACUUCAUAUGAAAUAUGGAGGUAGCAACAACAACCACUCGCCGCAGCAAUCGCCGGAACAGAUAGCAAAGCGUCGCAAUUGCAGUUACAGCAACGAUAUUAGCAGUUCGCUGAGCUCCAGUAAGCUGCAUAGCAAUAAGAGAAAACUCUACGAUAUGCGUGAGAAAGUGCGCUUGGACACUGGCAACACAAGAUUCGCGACAAGCUGUGGCAGCAGAUCGCCUGACAAUUCGCCCACACAACAUGCAGCCAAAAUACAGCGUCGGCAGCCAAUGGCAGCCGAUUUACGGCUGGAGCAUUUAACAAAGUCACAGAGUACACCUAUUACAACUUUGCCAGCAACGUCAGCACAGCGUGCGGUCUCGGCGCCGAUUUUGCCACAAGCAAUAAUCCAGGAAAAAACGGAGACGGUAGCGACAGCAUCACCGAGGCCAAAACUGACAUUGUUCAACACGCAGCAGCUACAAUGCAAGCAACCGGAGCGCACAGUUGGUGCAGAGAGUCUUGAUACCGAUGUGGAUGCUGGUGAAUAUGCGGGCAUACAUUUCGUUAAACCUAAGCAACAGAAUUCAUUCAAUGGUAUCAAGAAUUCCCAUGUGGAGCGAACACAAAAAACCAAAUUGGCACUUAUGUUAAGCAGCUUAAAAGGGGAAAUUUAUCAAAACGAUGCGGAGUCAGAGACGCGACUAAGUGAUGAACCAGAUGCAAAGCAACUACAGCCGAUAGUGACGACGACAACAGCGGCAACACUUGUUGUGACAACAGUAACGGCAACAACGCCAACGAUAACAGGGACAUCAUCGGAAAAAACAACUUCAACAACAUUAACAACAUCAGCAUCAGAUGCAACAAUUACGAAGCCAGCAGAUGCAAAAAUAGCAAUUUCUGCAUCCACAGUAACAACAAUACCAACAACUACAGCAGCAGAAACAGUAAUACCAACAACAAAGUCAGUUAUAUUAAGCAUGACGACCAUAACGCCUGCAUCGAGCACAGCGCAAACAUCAAACAAUAGCUUAAAUUUGAUUUCAUUCAACAACUCGGCGACCACCACAAAACCCUUACCACCAGCUAACAGCGAAGUGUCAUCAAAUCUGAAAGCAAAUAGCAGUUCUGUUCUAAGUGGACUUAAGCUGACAACAAAUACGACCAAUGCCGCAACUGCACCCAUCACAUUUGAUAGUCCAAAGACAGCAGAUACAACGAAUCAAAACGAAGCUGCCUCGAUAAAAAAGUCGAUAGCUCCAACUGUGCCUGUAUUAACAAGCACCACAACAAGCACAGGAGUAUUCUCGUUUGGUAAUACGACAGUCACAGCUGCAACAACGACUAAUGCUUCUGCAGUGAGUGUGACAACGUCACCAAUCACAUCACCAACGUUUACAUUUUGUAACGCUACAACACCAGCAGCUUCUGCGGCAACAGCAGUACCAACAACUGCAACUGAUGCGUCAGCUAAAUCUUUAAUGUUUACUUUUGGCAGUGCUGCACCAACAAAGUCAACAAUGGUAGCAGACUCGACAACCACCAAUAAAACAACAACAUUCUCAUUUGGCAAUAUUAGCAACAACAAAGCUGUGCCAGCGUUUAAAAUGGAUAAUUGGGCUCCAAAGCCUUUGGAAACGGUGUCUGACAGUAGCCAGAAUUUAGACAAUACUUUUAAGGCCCCGACAUCAACAGCUGCUCCAACAAACAUACAGAACACUACGGCAGCAAGCAAAGCUUUUAGUUUUGGCACCAAUACGAGCACGACCACAGCCAGUGUUGCUGGGGCAAUUGUACCAACAGGUACACCAAUUUUUGGCCAGGCAGUGGCAACGCCUUCAUUUAGUUUUAACAGUGCUACAACAGCAACUACAACAGCUCCACUGGCUGCGUCAACUUCUUCUAAUAACAGUCCGGGUAUAUUCACCUUUGCAGCAAGUGGAACUGGAGGCACUCCAGCAGUUGUGAAGCCUGUGGCAAAGGCCACACCAUUUUCAUUGCCCACUAGCAAUAAAACCAAUGUAUUCAGCUUUGGCGGAGGGACUGGAGGAAUCACGACGAAGACUUCAGGAACAGCUACAGCAUCGAGCAGCUUAAAUUUUAGUGCUACGCCAACUGCUCCACCAGCAGCGAAUAAAAACAGCUUUAGUUUCAAUGCCACGCCCAAGCAGACCCCCAUAUUUGGCAGCGGCACAACGGAGAAUGCAACUGCAGCUAAACCAUUUACAUUUGGCGGUACCGCUGCCGCAACGGAGCAACAGCCGCAGUCAACAGUAGCAGCGGCGCCUGGAGGCGGAGGCGGAGGUUUCUCUUUUGCCGCUGUAGCUCAGAAAAAUGAAUCCGUCAAUUUGUUUGGCACACUGGCAGCCACAAGCGUUGUUAAUCCGAGUUUUAAUUUUGGCGGCAAUCCCGCUCCCUCAAUGACAUCAACAGGAACAACCGCACCAGCACCUGCUGCAUUUGGGGGCUUUGCAACACCAGCGGCGCCUGUUAGCAAACCGUUUACAUUUGGGGCAGGUCCGCCAGCAAGUGAUGCCGCCUCACCCAUGGGAGGUAAUCUAUUUGCAAGUGCUGUAGCCGCUACACAGCAACAACAAAACAAGCCAGGUGGUUUCUUCUCGACAACAAACAAUAGUAAUGGCGUUGCGCCAGCACCGGCAAAUGCUAAUGCUCCAUUUGCAUUUGGAGGUGCCACAUCUCUGCCUCAGAUGAACAGCACCCCCAAACCGUUUGCAUUCGGUGCCACUUCAGCCACGACACCAACUCCAAAUAUUUUUGCCAGUCCCACCCCAGCUCCCACACACGGUGGACCAGCAUUUAAUUUCGGUAGCACAACGUCACCAGUUCCAGGAAACACACCUAGGCCCGAUAUGCAUGGAGGCCCCACGGCACAGCAAGUGAACAGCGGUAAUGUAUUCGCAUUGCCUAACACACCGGAAAGUCGACCAAUAAGACGCGCCACAAGGCGUCUCCAGAAGUAGGAACUUCAUCUGGAGAAUCUUUAGCAUUUAAAAUUAAGAUAAAAGACCAAUUGAAUUGAAUAUGAAUAUGAAUGUAACACUCAAUUAUACAUAUGUUUACAGCUAUAGAUUAUUAUAUUUACAUUCUAAAUAAAUUGUCAGCAAUUUGUA